AAACAGAGCAGUGCUCGACGCCAGCUGGGCGCAAUACUUCCACCAUAGCCAAGUCUCAACGUCCACCUCCGCCCGUCAUCAUUCUCCUGUAGAACAAAUCUCCAUAGAUUAACAACAUUUUCACUCACCCACAUAUUGCCCACUGCAAAUUUUUUUUUUGGCUCUGUUGCAUUCUCCAGAACCCUGUCUCAGGUGGUGAAGAGCUUUUGCUUUGAAUUUUGAAUCUUUUGAUGAUGAGUUCUUGCUGAGGAGGUUCGUUCAGAAACUUGUAUGGUACUCUCCAGAGCCCCGUCUCAGUAGGGCGUGAAAAGCUUUGGUUCUGAUGAUGGGUUCCUGCUGAGGAAGUGGGUAUUGUGCUGUUAUUUUCUGAGUUUGGUAUAAUGGGAAACUGCUGUUUUGGGCGGGAAGCAUCAAUUCACAGGGUCUCUUCGAACGCAAAGUCAGAGUCUCCAAAAGAUCAGAGCCCCUCAGUGAAACAAAGGAAGGAUGACAGUAAAUUGCCUUCAAAUCCUGAAGAAGUAGAGUACCUACGUCGUGAUUCAGCUGCAAAUCCAUUAAUUGUGUUCGCAUAUGAUGAAUUAAAGAUAAUUACAGGAAAUUUUAGGCAAGAUUUUGUGCUGGGUGGAGGAGGAUUUGGAAGUGUUUAUAAAGGAUUCAUUUCCAAGGAUAUAAGGGAAGGGCUUCAGUCUCUUCCAGUAGCUGUUAAAGUUCACGAUGGGGAUAACAGUUUUCAGGGCCACAGAGAAUGGCUGGCCGAAGUCAUAUUCUUGGGGCAGCUUUCUCAUCCAAAUUUGGUGAAACUAAUUGGAUACUGCUGCGAAGAUGACCACCGGGUACUAAUAUAUGAAUAUAUGGCUCGAGGUAGCGUUGAAAAUAAUCUCUUCUCGAGAGUUUUGCUUCCUCUUUCUUGGUCUGUUAGAAUGAAGAUUGCAUUCGGUGCUGCAAAGGGACUUGCCUUUCUCCAUGAAGCUGAGAAACCCGUCAUCUAUCGUGAUUUUAAGACCUCAAAUAUUUUGUUAGACCUGGACUAUAAUGCAAAGCUAGCCGACUUUGGCCUUGCAAAAGAUGGACCAGAAGGCGAUAAAUCUCAUGUAUCUACUCGAAUAAUGGGGACAUAUGGGUAUGCAGCUCCUGAGUAUAUCAUGACAGGCCAUCUUAGUCCUAGAAGCGAUGUUUACAGCUUCGGGGUUGUUCUUCUUGAACUCCUCACGGGAAGAAAAUCUCUAGACAAAUGCAGGCCGGCGCGAGAGCAGCACCUCACGGAUUGGGCUCACCCGUUGCUCCGGGAGAAGAAGAAACUGCUGAACAUUAUCGAUCCAAGACUGGAAGGAGAUUACCCGGGGAAAGGAGUUCACAAGGCAGCAAUGCUGGCUUAUCACUGUCUCAACCGUAACCCAAAAGCAAGGCCUCUGAUGCGAGAUAUCGUAGAUUCUCUGGAGCCUCUUCAAGUACCUGCGACCGAGGUUUUAACUGAAAAAACUACCGUGACGUUGAUUAGUGAGGUCUCGGAUACAGAGGUUCAAAGAAAGGAGACACAUUGCAAGUGACGCGGGUCUCCAGUUUUAAUGGAGAGUUUUUGUAUGAAAAAAGAGUUCUUUAAAACUUAAAACAUGUUUAUGACAUUGCCUUGCUAUCCAGAGCACGUUACACACAUCAUCUUAUUGUAUCACGUUGAUUAAUCAGCUAGAGUUCCACAGAUGAUCAGCUUUGUAAUAUUAAUUGGUUUGGAGAAAUGGGUUAAUGUAGUGUUACACAAUGAUUUUGUAAAUUAAAUAUAAUGAACCAAUUCAAGCAA